UGCAAAUAAAACGAAGCAGGAAAGUUAACUUCGCUCACUGGCUUUUACUCGAGAUGCGUCGUUCUCAAGUGGUCAUUGAGCGGUGAGCUAGAUAUGGAUUCACUAUUGAAACCUUUUAAGUGUACAUUUUGCUCAAAGCGAUUUACCACCGAUAAUGGAAGUGAUGAUCAUCAAAGAGCCGUACAUAGUGUUACGUAUUCACAACUGAAACCUUUUGCGUGUACGAUUUGCCCGAAACGGUUCGCCACAGAAAAUGACCUAAAGCAUCAUGUGGAAAAAGCAAGCCAGAGGUCCAAGAGGCAUAAGAAAAUGAUAGGUAAUAACUAUCAAUCGUAAAACUUUUACUUAUUCUGCCAAUACGUACCUAAUACAAGUGUUCAUACGCAAGUCCUUAUAUAGUGUCUUAUAUAGUACGGUAUGAAGAGAAACUUCAGUGAGCCUUCAGACGCUAGCCGGAAGUGGACCUUUUGCAUUCUUGAGCAAUUGUUUUGCCCGAAUCUUUUGAAAAUUUAAAAUGUUUCAAGGCACAUGAGGAAAAGGUGAUACUACCUUGGUACCUUGGUGUUUUUCCCUUGUAUCUGUUAAAAACCGCAAGUCACACGGGAUUAAAAAAUGAAACUGAAAGCAAUAUUUAAAUUACUUUUCAAGAAUGACGUAAUUGUUUAGUUGCCAGAUAUAUCAGGUGAGGGAGCGCGGAGGGCUGGUCGAUCAUUUAAGGUCUUAUUCCCUUGAAAACGAUCUACAAUAAAGAUUUUCAAACUUGGCACAAAUGUCAGCCAUAUAUAGGACAUUCACAAACUGCAAUAUAAACGUGGAGCCACCGUACUUGUUUUCGCCCCGUGUGCCCUCCGAGCUAGUUGCGCGCAAAAAGUAUGAAUCAAUGUUAAGCCCGUUUGUUUUGUCUGAGCUAUAUUUUUUCAGAUAAGACACCUCAAAUUACCUGGUGUUGCCAUAACGAGUAAAAAAAAAAAACACAAAUAAAAACGGGCGGUUACCCUUCUCGUUUCAUCUCAAAACGGCAACUAAGGGAUGAUUUUGGCUUUAAAUGAUCAUUUUGCGCGAGGGGACUGGGGCCAGUUUCAAGACAAAUACGAACCUUUUUCAGCCGGGUAAAAUGAUCACAAUCACUAUCGAAAGCGUUAGGACUACAAAAGAGGCCUUUGUUACCUCUUUUUAGGCGACCGGUGAAAGUCGCCGCCACCUUUGAAGUCGCAAUGUGAUGCGCACUAGGUGAUGCGCCGUGCAAAAAGAGGGAAUUACCUGAAAGAGGUUGCGGGACGGGUGACUGAAACGGUUCAAAUUUCUUUUCGAUUCUUUCAUUUUGUUUGACAAUGAUGGUCAUGAAAAAAGUUUUACUACUGCAUCUAGCAAAAUCAGUGGGUUUAACGCAAGCCAAGCAAUGUAUUAAAGGCUUAAAUAAAAUAAAAAUUGAAAUGCACGAAAUUUAAGAAAUAAUCGUCAAUUAACCUAUGGUAUUCACUUUCAUGGAAAGCUAAUGUUUCGUGAGGAUUUUGUCGAAUUUUGAGAUUAUUCAGAGACAGGGAAAGGAACUAUACUCCUAAUUCUAUAAAUUUAUUGCAUUUAGCGCUGAAGAUGUAGUUUAAUUUGGGCUUCCAAUCCUGUCAUGGGAACACGGUAGUCAUGGUCUGUUUACUAGCUGUGGUCAAGUAGAAAAUUCGUAACGAAUUUGAGUAACCUAAUUUUUUUUCGAGUUUCAGGUGAUAUACCUUGUAAAUAUCCAUUUUGUCAACGUAAAUUUCGAUCUGGGGACGAGUUUGCCUCCCGCGCCCUAAAGCAACAUAUGGAAAACCCAGGCAAUUGGCAUAAGAGAAAAGGUAAUAUUAGCAAUUAUAAAACUUUUAAGAAGGAGAAUUGAAACACCAGAAAGCUCAGAAAAAUUUUCUGAGCUCCAGGUGAGAAUCGAACUCACCACCCUCCGAGUUCUAGUUAGGACGCUCUAACCACUGAGCAUAAACGUUUAUUUAUACUUGAGUCGUAAUGGUAUACGGCAUGAUGGGUCAAUGAGUCAUUUAAACAAAAAAGAAUCCCUGAAUGCUAAACAUUAUGGAGUUAGUGUUUAAACCUGCCUAAAAACUAUAGACACUCUGGAAUACUCCCUAUAAUGGCCUAUACGGGGAGGCUCCGCCCGAAAGGGGUACCUGUUUCAGGCUGAAGGUAUAUGAUAGGGUAGGGAUUUCACUAUUUGAAGUAUAUAAAAGGGUAGGGAAAUCUAUCAUUUCGGUCUGUAAAAUGGCCCAAAAGGGCUAAAAGAUGAAUUUUAUGGCUUAUAAAGUCGACAAAACGUUCUAUUUUUGCGAUUGAUUCAUAUUUGAAAUACAGCGCAUUUACAGCAGUUAAAAUGGAUGCAAAGUUCUAAACAAGGUAUGUGAAAGGGGUACAACUUGUCAAUAGAAGGUAUAUGAAAGGGGUACCUUUUUCGUGAAAAAUGGCAUACGAAAGGGUAAGGGGUUGGACCUCGGUACGGAGCCUCCCGGUAUAUUUUGUUGAGUACCCUCCCUGUGCCUACCCUGCAUGCUUUUCAAAAUUCUUGUCAAGGUGAAAUGUUGUGCCAACAAACUCAUAGAAUAUUUACGAUUAAUCAGGCGGUCCAGUUGCCUCCUAAAAACUACAAUUUGUAACAGUGACUUAUUUAGAUUGUUUUUCGAGUUUCAGGUAUUAUCACUAACACCCCCAACAAUUCCGGCGUUUCUUCCUCGAGGGAAGAAGGAAUAGGACUCUUUGAUGAAGGUUGUUCCAGCGGCGCAGUCAAUAUAUUCAUACGCGAUGAGCUGCAGGCAGAUAAAGAAUUUCAUGGUCUUUAUGAUGAUGCUUUUGAUUCCUUGUACAAAGAAUUACAAAGAGUCUUAAAGAAUACAUUCUAUGGGAUUCAAAACUUGACCGAGGUUAGUGGUGAAACAGCUCAGUCACCACACCCCAAACUUGAGAAAGACGCCGGGGUGAUAGUAUCAUUGUAGAUGUCGUUAAUUUUCAAUAAUAUCCCUAGACUAGGAGAUACCUGAUGUCUUUAAAAAGGGCGUGGCACGCGAAAACCAGCCAGUAGAAUUAUUCUUCAAAAUACUAAAGGUGAUAGUCUUUAAUACAGCGAAAGAUACUAAGAAUUCGUAAAAUUGGAAACGCAUGUAAAUGAGUGCUAGCCUCAAUACCAAUCGCUGAUUUUUACCUCUAAGAGGGACGAUUAGCAUGUGCGAUACUUUUUCCCUAGAGUGAUGAUCCCGAGAGGUUUCUGCAACUAGGGUCUCCCCUCUUGGUGAAUAUAUACUAUUUAUCAAUUAUUCCACGACUGCACGUUGGAUAUGAGAUGGUAGUAGCUAACGAGGUGCGUACCGCCAAGUUGGCUAUAAUCACCUCACAUCCACCAAGCGUCAGUGGAAUAAUUGUUUAUAACAAGAAAGUAAUAAAAAAUGCUAUGAUUAGGUUCUACAUGUCUGCCUUGUAUUCGUAGGGUGGAUCCAUUGCAAAAGGCACUGCCUUAAAAAACAACUCCGACCUGGAUUGUGUGAUGAUCACGAAGAAUAUAAAAGACGCUUCCCAGUUAAGAGCAAAACUACCCGACAUCCUGUGUGAUCUAAAGAAACGUUUGGGGAGCAGUAUAGGGGUCAAAUGGAAACUAACUUUCGAAAAGCAAACGUCAUUUUCGUUGCAGUAUAACAUGUCACGUUUUUCCAAGCCUGGAGACACUGUUAAGGUUGACCUCUUGCCAACGUUUGAUGCAAAAGUAGAAGGCAACAAUGGUACGUAGUUAUUAGGGAGCUUAUGCAGCGAUUGGUCGCAGGAAACAAUGACAUGUAAUUCUUCCCAUUGUUUUAGUAUAGUUUGGGGUCAGGGAAAAGCACCAUUGGCGACUUCUCUUCUCGUGACCCCACGUUUUGUUCGACCCACGUCAACCGGAAGUGGACGUUUUGCACUCUUGAGUUGAACAACCUUCUAAGAAAAUCGCCUCUGUAUUAGUCAUGGGUAGCGUGACCAUUUUGACAAGUACGCACACGGGUUAAUAUGGUCUUAAAAACUUCCUAAAAAAUAACGUUUUUGCUUUCCUUUAAUGCAUAAUUCAUUGGCAGUUUACAGGCUUGUUUACAAUAGAAAGUGAUAUCAAAAAAAAGCUUUUAAAACGUUGUUCUUUGAGCUGGUACAGGAAUGUUUACCAGCACAAGAAGAGGCGCCUUUUUUGCGCAGAAAUUUGGAGUUUAAAAGCAUCUGUUGGAAGAAUUGCGGCAUAUGAAUGUUUGUGUAAAUUUUCCGCACGCUUAGUCCUUUGCUGACUUUUUCAGUUUUUCAGUUCCCUUAUUUCGAUCAUGAGUACGGGAAAGGAACAAAUAAUUGAUAGUCGGCAUUUAUUUAUUUCAGUUGUUCUGAAUAUCUCUAAAGUUUGUCAAGACUUUGAAAAAAUUACGUACAUCUGUUCGUUAGAAGUAAAUUUACUAAAAAAAUUCUUGUUGACACCACGUCAGACGGGCACCUAAUAGUUUUCUUCAGCUGACGUGGAUUAUCGUCAGCAUAGUUUGGUCCAUGACUUUCCAAUCGAGCGACAUUAAAGUAGUCUUUGAUAGACUUUUUCGAAAUUUAUGGAGAGAGAGAAAACUAAAAAAAAUGAAAAGCUUCUGAAUGGGAAAACUUUCCAGAUAAAUCUUAAAAGGAAUGAUAAUCAGUCUGGGUCGAUUCUUUUGCGAUUUUCAUGAAUACGCAAUGUAUUGUGGGAUUGCCUGAAGGCAAGCAUUUCAAGAAUGUUUCGAAUAUUUCACAUUCCACUACUCAAACUGCUGUAUUUUACGAGUAAAAACGAUGCUGAAUAACAGCGAGACAGACAGGAACAAAUCUGCAUAACACCAAGUCAAGUUAGGACACUGCAAAUGGCUUUUGCUUAUGACAGAAAAUCUUUAAAAAAAAUCCUACCAAACUCUCAAGUACGCACGUGUGUCAUGAUUUGCCUAAAGGACGCUACGCCCCUAAGAGUAAAGACACUUACCCAUACAAAUUUGGUAGAGUCAAGGCAUAUUAAAAGAGAAAAAAGCUCACUUCCGGUUGACGUGCUUCUCUCAAAAACGUUGCUGCUUAAGCCCCCAAUCAAAGCGCAAGGUUGUAACCUUGCGUUCAUGGAAAGUGUCAUUCGCAGUUUAGUUAGUGUACGGCUUUCUGAGCGAGAGGCCCAAGCUCGAAUUCCAUUUGUAGCCCACGGCACAUAACUGUUUAACUUUGGUGUAACAUCUUGAACUUUAAAAAAAAUUUUGGUUGACCUAAAUAUCAUCAAUGAACUUAGUAAUGUGCUCAAGAGUCCUCUUGGAUAAAGACCACAUCGUCGCUCCAACUAACACGAGAAUGUCUCCUCACCAGGGUCUCUCGCGUAUUUUUUGCUGUUUCACCUGUUUUUUGUUUUUUUUGUCUUUUUGCCCCCACUACGGAGCCUGGUUCCAGGCUACGACCGUGUCAAAUUCGCCACCCUAUAGAUGCUUUCCCCUAACAAUAGCCACAAUCAUGGCGAAAAAAAAGCUGUUGACGGCUAGAAACCUGGUCUCUUUCUUUCUACCGGUGUCGUGUUUAUGUCUUGAGGCUUAACAUCGAUAGAUGCAACCCACGUACAAAAUCUUGAGAAAAACGUUUCAUCCGCUUUUUGUACAAAUACUUUUAUGACGUUUACUGAAUCUGAGAAGAAAUUAAAUAUUCUUUGUCUUAAAAGGAGAGGUUUAUAAAGAAAUGCUUCGCGAUACCGAAGAGAACUGGCCAUACUACUCGGCUGCUCUUGUGAAGAGACAAAGAGACUUCGUCAAAGAACGGCCAGCAAGCGUUAAAGACCUGAUUCGAUUGGUGAAGUACUGGAAGAAGAACUACAUUCCACAAAGUGGUAGUGAGCGCCUCCCGCCCUCUUAUUUACUAGAGCUUCUCACAAUACAUGCCUGGGAAAAUGCAGAUCGUCCAGAGAGCUUUGACAUGAGGAUUGGUUUUAAAGCUGUUAUGAAGGAUCUAAAGAGUCACCAAAGUCUUCAUGUUUCUUGGGAUCGAUACUACAAAAGGAAUUUAAUUCCAAGCAGGUACUUUCAUGGGGUGUUUAGAAAUUAGUUUUACCAGGAUUAAAGGAGCCGUAGUUUACAUUCUCGAAGACAGGUUAUCUCGGGUGUAGUCUUCCACGUAGGUGUUUUUUUCUGGUCAGGCAACGCUCCUCCUCAACAAACUAGAGAAUGCUUUGCGUGACGAGGCAAAACCGGCUGCGUGGAAGACUAGCCUGAGAAAACAGCCGGCAUUUCGCGACGCCACCACCACUAUUACGCAUCACUACCCAGAUCUGAGUAAUGCGUCUGAUUGGUUGAAGCAAAUCUCCGACGCGGCACGACCAAUAAGAAGCAGUAUCCAGAUCUGGGUGGUGACACGUCAUCAGUAUGGAAUUUCUGCGGUCGUUCUCAAACGUCGUUUCUUGGGGAAACCACUGGUGGCGUCGCGAAAUGUCGGCUGUUUUCUAAGGUUACACGAAAGACUGGACGGGAGACUAUCUCGGAUGGUACAAACCCACAUAAGAAACGUUACUUUACGUUAAGAGGACAUGUAUGUUUGUCCUCUCAAUCGCGACAUUUACAUUUACAUUUACACUUUCCACUCCCCUCCUUCUGGGUGCUAUUUCUACUAUAUUUCAGCUCGUUGCUAUAUCUGCCAGGAAUGUCUCGCGAAUGAAGAAAUUCGAAAAACGCUCUGUUAAUUUGUUUCCCAAAUUUUUGUUUUAUUGUAGAAUUUUUAAUACUUAUGGUAUAUUUCGUUUUUUGGGCAUUUCAGUCUUAUGGAUGGGCCAUAUAUAAUUGACCCAGCAAACCCGACCAAGAACCUGUACAACGAUGUUAACUGUUGGCCUAAGGUGAAAGAGGUUGCUGAAGAAACCAUGUGGAAACCCCUUCUCAGUGGCGUAGGGGCUACUACUAACUGGAGAUAAAGAACCACGAUUCUACAGGGUCGUCGUACCUAGUUUUAACAAGAAAAAACCCUUCGAGAAAAGCAUUAGUUAGAUUUAGAAUAAGUAGUCAUCAACUUAGAAUUGAAACAGGUAGAUACGAAAACAUUCCUCGCAAUGAAAGGAUAUGUCACUUUUGUACAAGUAACAAAAUCGAAGAUGAAAAUCAUUUCUUACUAGAUUGUAAGGCUUAUUCUCAGAUCAGAGACAUAUUUUUCUCCAAAAUAGAAACUAAAAUACCUGACUUCAAAUCACUUUCACACG